UCAAUCGGUAGCGCUCCAGCCGCUAAGUUGUGCACAAAUCACGCAUGCGCAACAGAAGAGCGAUCGAUGCGGCGGGCGUUCCGUUCAGUGGUCGCGUACCCGUCGCGCAGUCCAGUGCACAAUGCGUCCCCACUGACGCGGGAAACGAGUCAAGCUGUAUCUCCGCGAGUACGCCGCGGAGGACGACCGGCCGCCGUGCCGGGAGGAGUGGCGCCGGCAGGAUUGGGCCGGCGGCGGUGGUGGCGCGCGCGCCCGCCUGCCCCAGGUGGACCGCAGCCCGUCCCGCCGCAGCCCCUACCUGACUCGAGAUGACGAGCCCUCGCCGGCGCCCGACGAGCGAGGCCGCUCGGCCUCGGCCGGCGCUCACCACCGCGCGCGUCCUCGUCCACUCCGCUACCAAUCCCUCGAGCGCGAGUAUGACCGCUCGUACGCUCCGCCGCCGCCCCCCGAAGAUGACUACUACCGCCGCGAACAACCGCCCGGUAUGUUCCUGGGAGAGUUGCAAUCUCAGAAUUCCGAUCUGCACCGGGAGCUGGGGAACCUUAAGAAAGAACUGGAAUUGACGAAUCAGAAACUCGGCUCCAGCAUGCAUAGCAUUAAGACCUUCUGGAGCCCCGAACUGAAGAAGGAGCGGGCACUGAGGAAAGAGGAGAGCGCUAAGUACAGCCUUAUAAACGACCAACUAAAACUGCUCAACCAGGAGAACCAGAAACAAGCGAUGCUCGUACGACAAUUGGAAGAAGAACUAAGACUGCGCAUGCGCCAGCCCGCUCCUGAAUUACAACAACAGCUGGAAGCCUUGUUUUCUGAAAAUGAACAUCUACAAAGAGAGAUAGCAAUAUUGAGAGAUACAAUAAAGGAACUAGAGUUGAGGAUCGAAACACAGAAACAAACACUCCAGGCCAGGGAUGAGAGCAUCAAAAAAUUACUUGAAAUGCUCCAAAACAAGGGGAUGGGUAAAGAAGAAGAACGGCAAAUGUUCCAACAGAUGCAAGCGAUGGCGCAAAAACAGCUGGACGAGUUCCGGUUGGAGAUCCAGCGGCGAGAUCAGGAGAUCCUGGCGAUGGCCGCCAAGAUGAAAGCCUUGGAAGAGCAGCAUCAGGACUAUCAGCGGCACAUUGCCGUACUGAAAGAAUCGUUGUGCGCUAAAGAAGAACAUUACAGUAUGCUACAAACCGACGUGGAAGAACUGAAAGCCCGGCUUGAUGAGAAGAGUAGACUGGUGGAGAAGAAGACAGCGGCUGCGUUGUCAGCGACGCACGAGCUCGCUGAGCUCAGAGACCACUCCGAAAUCAAGGACAGGAAGAUCAACGUCCUGCAGCGCAAGAUUGAAAAUCUGGAAGAUCUCCUAAAGGAGAAAGAUAAUCAAGUUGAUAUGGCGAGAGCUAGACUGAAUGCCAUGCAAGCCCACCACUGCUCUUCUGAAGGUGCUCUCUCAUCGCUCGAAGAAGUUAUAGGAGACAAGGAGAAACAAAUACAGCAAUUAAGAGAGCAAAGAGAUCGAGCUGAACACGAGAAGAAUGAAGAGAGAGAACUGCACGAACGAGAAAUAGCCGAAUACAAAAUGAAACUCCAUGCGCUUGAGAGCGAAGUUGAAAAACUUGGUGCUAGACUCGAAAGAGCACAGGCUGAGAAAGAUCGCCUUGAAGCUAAGUUAGAAAGCUCACAGUCUGAACUGGGUAAGUCUAAGGCAGAGUUAGACAAGGCUGCCAGCGAGGUUGGCAGGUCGGGCGCUGAUUGGGAAGCGGCUAAACAGCGGUUGGCAAGACUUGAGCUCGAAAAUGAAAGACUCAAACACGAACUGGAGCGGUCUCAAACAACGUUCGGCAGGAGCACUUUAACUACAUCACAGGAGUUAGACAGAGUUCAAGAGAAGGCUGAUAAGAGUGCAGCAGAGUUGCGACGAACUCUAGCAGAAUUGAGAGUGACUCAGGCGGAUGCUGAAAGAGCUAGGUCUGAGGCCAGUGCACUUCAAGAUAAGCUGGAGAAGUCACAGGGUGAAGUGUAUCGUCUGAAGGCCAAGCUUGAAAAUGCACAAACAGAACAGGAUAGCCUAAAGGAAGAAUACGAUCGGGUGCAAUCGUCAGUUAGCCGUCUCCAUUCUGAACGAGAUAAGGCUGUGGCAGAGUUAGACAAGGCCAGAGAGGAAUUAGAACGUACUCAAGCCACUCUGGGCAAGGCUCAGCUGCAGCAAGACAAACUCCAAGCCUCACUCGAUGCCGCUCACUCUGAGAUCGACAAAUUGCAAGAGAAAUUGGACAAAGCUGCUGCUGAAGUCAGAAAGUGUCAAGUGGACCGCGAGAAGCAAGCGUACGACUUUGAGUCGCUGCAGACACAACUGGACAAGGCGCUGGGAAUGUCAGCACGCUUGGGCAAAGAGAGGGACACGGCACAACUGGAGGCUGAUCGGUUCCGGGACAAGUAUGAGAAGUCACAGGCCCUUGUAACUCGCAUCCAGAAAGAACGAGACACAGCACUGGCAGAGGCCGCAAGCUGCCGCGAGAGAGCUGAAGCUGCAGCGGCUGCAGCCAACAGAGCAGCCAGAGACCGUGACAGCGCCACCACAGAGCUGGACGUCCUCAGAGAAAGAUGGGAGAAGGCACAUCAGCAGCAUCAGAAACUAACGAUGGAACGAGACGAUGCCCUUACAGAGCUGGAAAUAUUGAAAGAAAAGCUGGACAAAGCCUUGUACUCCACACAAAAAACGAUCGAAGAAAAAGAAACCGCCCACAAAGAAUACGAGAAAAUGCUUGAGAAGUAUGACAGGUCCCAAAAUGAAAUCUAUCGACUUCAGAACAAGAUAGAUAUACUCGAGGCAGACAAAGAUCGACUUGAAAUGGAAUUCGAAAAGCAUGCGCAUAUUGCAACGAAAGCAAGAGAAGAACAACGCAAGACACAAGAUGAACUCGCUAGAUUACAAGAAAUGUACGAUAGGGCAUCUCUUCAGCUUGGUAGGACUAAAGAACAGGAAGAAAAGGCCAAGGAAGACAUGGAUAGGUUAAGUGUCGACAUCGAAAUGGUACGAGAUCGUUACGAAAAGAGCCAGAUUGAGCUUAGAAGGUACCAGGCUGAGAAGGAGAAAUUAGUUGCAGAUAACGAACGUCUUCAAUUUGAAUAUGACAGGGCAAUGACACAGUGUGGCAAAGCGCAGGCUUCGAAUGAAAAAACACAGGAAGAAAUGGCAAGAGUACAAGUAGAACUAGAAAAGAUGUAUGACAAACACGACAAGGUAGCCGCUGAACUGAGGAGAGUUCAAGCCGAACUGGAUAAGGUGAAGCAAGAUGCGAGCGGGGCGAGAGAAGAAGCUGAGCGAUAUGCGGCACGAUAUGGGAAGUACCACGACACUAAAGAAGAACACGAGAGGACUAAGUUGGAGGUGGAACGACUGCGUGCGCGGUUAGAGAAGACCACGAUAGACCUGGAACGAGCGCGCAAGGCUGAAGAAGAAGCAUCCCGUCUACGUUCGGAGCUCGAACGCCACGAAGCCGUCCGAGGUAAAUACCAAUUCGAACAGGACAAAUGGACUAAUGAACUAAAUAGAGUGCAGGCGGAACUCGACAAGCAACACGAGCGCUACGAGGCAGCGCAGGCAGAUAUUCAACGCUUGCAAGCUGAGAAGGAACAAUCAGAGACCAAACUACACGAGAUGAACAUACAGUUGGAGCUAUCCAAGAGCGAAGUGACCAAGUUGAACGCGGCAUUAGAAAAGCAACGAACAGAACUAGAACGCGCUCAUAUUGAGUGCGAGAAAUUCCGGGACCGAUGCGAAAAACUGAAACUGCGAUCAGAACAGCUGGACAAAGAUAACGAACGGCUCAAAGGAGAAUUGCAACAGAUUGAAAGGAUGAAACUGCAAGCGGUCGCAGGAGACAAAGCCAGGACAGAAGAUAGACUUGAAAUCGAACGCCUUCGUGACAAGCUUGAAAAGGCAAUACAAGCUAGAGAUUCCACAGAAAUGGAGGCUGGCCGUUUAGCGAAGGAACUAGAGAAAUCACAGAUGCAUCUUUCGAAAUACCAAGAGACCAAUGAGUCGACGCGUGUCGAAUACGAAAGGAUGACGAACGAACUUGGUAGAAUGCACGAACGUCUCGAGCGAACCAUCCUAGAAAUGAGACAUGUUGAACAGGAGAGAGAUGCAUUGUUACAAGAAAUUCAUAACAUGAGAUUCAACGUGGACCAACAACAAAGAACGCUGGAUCACCGCACACAAGAAACUUUAGUAAAACUACAGCAAGAACUCGCUCAAUCUGUUCGUGACAGAGAGAAGAUGGCUUCUAUAUUGGAACAGAGAGAUAAACAAGCUGAUGCUAUAGAAAAACAGAUUGUGAAACUGGAAGCCGAUACAAAACAACUUACAAUCGAGCGCGACCAAUUAGUAGCACAGUUGGAAAAAUCUCAGGACAUGCUUGUGAAUUUCCAACGAGAAUUGAACGCAUCGGAGGCCGAAUUACAGAAGCAGCGCGAGGAAGUGCGUAAAGUUAAAGAGGAACAACGAAAGAUGGCACAGGACUCUGGUGGCGCCAAGAGCGUGAUUGAAAGUCGCGAUAGAGAGAUCGCUAAGCUGCAGCAGCAAGUGCAAGCGGUUACUAAAGAGAAAGAUACUAUUAGACAGAGAGCUGAAAAGGCCGAAAAAGAAGCGCAGAAGGUUGGAGAGAUUGAGAAGUGGCGCGCUGCUGUAGAGCAAGAGAAGGCGAAGACGGCUGCAGCGGAGCGCGCGCUGGCCGAGUGUCAGUCGCGCCUACACAACUUGGAGAAGCAGCUGCAGGCGGGCGCGCGGGGCGGGGCGGACGCGCUGGCCGCCGCGCAGGCCGACGCCCGCGCCCACCAGCUCGAGCGCGAGCGCUGCCAGGCGCAGCUCGAGAUGCUCGUCCAAGAAUUGGAGAAGAGCCAGCUCGAUCUUCGAGAAGCGACGAAGAAGCUUCAAGCUGCGGGCGCUCAAAACGCCAAAGCUGGGGAAGACACAGCCCAAGCUAAGAAGCAACUGCAAGAGGAAUUUAAAAAGUUGGACGAUGCGAGGAGACAGUUCGAGGAGCAGAGAAGAAUGGUGGAGAACAAACGGAAAGACGUGGAAGAGAAGGAGAAGGCGUUGGCGGAGUUAGAUCGACAGCUGAAGAAGAGGAAAGAGCAAAUGGACCAAAUGGAAGCAUCUUUGAGGAAGGCCGGCGGCAGUACAGCGGCAGCGUCAGAGUUGAACCGUAAGCUAUCAGAGUCGCAGAAGGACGCGGACGGGCUGAAGCAGCAGCUCGACCAGACGAAGGAAGAGGCCGCGCGCCUCACUGCAGAGACCGAGCGUCUGCUACAACUCGUGCAGAUGUCGCAGGAAGAACAGGCGCAGAAGGAGAAGCAGAUCAUGGAACUGCAACAAUCUGUUAGAAAUCUUCAAGCCAAACUGAAAAGUCAGCAGCAAGCACAAGCACAAAGAGAAGAGGAACUGACGCGCGCGCGACAGAGCGAGCUAGCAGCUAUGCGAGAGCUGGAGAGCACGCUCACACAGAAAGACGUGCUCACAGCUAAGUUGGAAGAGAGCAAAAUGAAAGUGAUAGACUUAGAGAUAGAGCUGAACGAAUCAUCGCUUAUAUUAUCAGAAGUACUCAAAAUGCCAGACGGGCCAGAUAUGAAUAAAAUUAAACGAAGUAAAAGCUUUUUCGAGUUGCAAAAGAGUGGUAAGGUAGUAGGUAGGCUAGACAAAGGUAGGCUGAGCAGGAGCGACAACGAGCUUGACAUGAUGCACUGUAGGGACAAGAAGAGGGAGGCACCAAACAUUAGUAAAUUGACGAGGAAAGUAUCUGACUUGACGAAGGAAAUGGCAAUUAAGAACUCAAAACUAAUAGAACAGCAAAGGUGUAUAUCAAUAUUAGAGGAAGCACUGAGAGAAAAUAACAAUAUAGCCGAGUUUGAGCAGUUACUUGCAGUUGUAAGAAGUAAAGACGAAAGAAUUAAUGAGCUUGAACAGAUUGUAAACAAGAAAUGCGUGUCGAAUCCGAGUGACUGCAAGGAUAAGAGAAUAUUAGAACUAGAGGACGCUUUGAAGGAAUCAUUCUUGAUAGCAGCAGAGAGGGAGAAAAUAUUCUAUGAAGAAGAACAGAGAAGAAUUGAAACAUUAAGAAGGAUGGGUAAAAUGGAGCAACGAAUACGUUCCCUCCAGAGCGCUUCAGCGAUGAAUUGUGAGACAUGUUCCUCAGUGCUAAAGCGCUUGAAGCAGCUGGAAGACUCGCUACAACAUUGUAAGACCAACAGGGAUCAUGUACUGCGACAAUUGUCUCACGUCAUCCAAGACGUGCUAGAAGGUUUGAUCAGCGAAAAGGAUUCUCUAAUAGCCGAAUUGGAAGUGAAGGGAGUACUCGACGAGAGCGAGACCAAUCGAUGCGACACGCUCAAGACAGAGCGAGAUAGACUGCUCAAUAGGCUUAAGACAGAGAACGAGCGAAUACUGGAACUGGAGCAGUGGACCGAGCCAGUGGCCCAGGCAGCGCCCGAGGGCUCCUUACCAGUAGACUUGACCUUGACUGACGAGCUACUACGAGCGUGCGACGACAAUGUAAUUGUUUGGGUAUAAUCUACAUCUAUUAAGAAUGCGGAUGGUACGCAUGGAGUGACGCCGGUUAACUUAUGGUUACAACUUCAACUUGGUUAGUAUACUAGCUAGGAUCAAUCUUGGUAGACUGUCUUCGUAAUUCUUCCUUCUUCUCGUCUGUAAGUAGCACUUUUGUAUUUAAUAAAUUUGUCUCCUUAUCAUUUUUGUGCUGUCCUUCAUCGUCUCUUUAGAUUUUUACGGCUAGCUUUCCAAGUCCAGUCUCCAAAAUUGAUCUAGCUUCAAAUUUAACACAACUUCUUCCAAUAACUUUUUGAAGAUUUCACUUUACAUAAUGCUUGGAAUAUUUCUGCAUGGAGUUCCUAUUAAACUCUCAAAAAAGGCUUAUUUUAAUACGUAUAUAAGAAAUCGUCCACCAUCUAUUAGGUAUGUAUGUAUGUAUAAGUGACCACACGCCGCUAAGAGAUAUUGUUUAAAAGAAAACAAUCGACACUUAUCGACGAAUUUCGCAGAGCCAAAAUUGAAAACUAAAAUACCUAAUUGGAAUUUAAAAUUGAGAAUUUUAAUGAAAUAAAAUUUGCUCAAUUUAUAAGAAAUAAUGCGAGUGUGUUUGAGUGUGUGCUUAAUUAAACAAAUCGUGUUGAUAACAUGAGAAGGAUUGAAAAUAAUGACAUUGAGCUGGAUAUACUGGACGUGGUUAAAUAAACUCUAAUAGAAGAAUAAUAAGGUCUAGAAACGUAUGCAAUUACUAGAAUGUUAAAACCAAUUUAGAAUGGAACAGUAAGGUUAAUAGAUGAACUUAGAGCAGCUAUAAAAUGCCUAAUAUUUUAAUGUAAGUAUGUUGUCUUAUAGAUAAGGGAAUGGUUAUAGUCAAAUUAUAUGUUAUAAGCUGUGUAAUAAGAUUUGAAAUUGAAUGCAGUUGCAAUCAGCGAUGGAAAUAAAGAACAGAAUGUUGAUGCAAAUCAGUAUGGUGAAGGAGUUGAUAAUAAAAAUAUUCUAAGGUCAUCUCUCAAAGCAAAAAAGUCUUAACAGGGAGUAUAAUAAAGUCUAU